UAUCCAAAAACUGUCACGCUUCCACUUCCUACUCUCCUGCCUUGUCCUUUAAAUUCUUCCGCCCCUUCAUCUCUCUCUCCAUCAAGUUUUUCAAAAAGCAGAGUACACUCGAAGAAAGCUUCUCGAAAUCAGAGAGAGAGAUGGCAGAUAUUGCUAUUUUGGUUGCGGAGGAGUAUGAGAGGAGGGUCAGGGAUGCAGGAAAGGUUGCUGGUGGUGGUGAAGCAGGGUUUGGGGUUGACCUGGUUUCUUCUGCUUCAGCCCUGGCUCAGAGGCUCCAGGUGAAGAUUGGAUCCGAGAAAAUUGAGCUGGUCAAGUACUGGGUUCGGGAGCCCAGAAGCCAGAUUAGUAUGGCUGCUACUACUGGCUUCUUCUCUGCUUAAGUUUUUUUUUUUUUUUCAAGUCUUUCCGCAAAGAGCUCAUGUACAUGAUUUCCAAUUUCUUUAUUUCCCUUCAUGUAUUUGUAGAUCGAUCGUUGUCUUAGAAUUUAAGUCCAACAAUGGCUUGUUGGAACCAGCAUUUCUUACCGUAGAAAGUUGUCUGAAAAAUAUGUAAGAGUUAAAAAUCCAGAAAUCUGAUUGGAAUCAGCAUUUCUUAUCUUUUAACCGAAGAAUAAAGUUUAAAUUCCAAUCCGUUUCAUAA